GCGAAUAUAACUAUAAGCAAACAGGAGAAUAUGAUGGAGAACCUUCAGGAUAGAUUAACAACAAUGCGGGACGGUUUCCUCGAACGGCAUGGCAGUGAACCUGCUGUGAGUUUAACGUAUUCUGACAAAAGCUCAACUAGUGCCACAAUAUCACUUGGUGUUGGCGACGAAAUGACUCGCGACAGUUACCACCCAGGACCAUCUGGAAGUAGUGAUGGGACUUUCGACGCAGGUCCGAGCAAUAAUCGCAACCAUCAUCGUUACAAUGAAAAAGCUAAAGAAGCUGUCUACGUCGAUAGCGAUGAUGAAGAUAUACAAUCAGGUGAAAGGUUACUAAACCCAGUCGAGGAAAUGGACGAAGCAAUUGUUAAUGCUCGUUCGUCACAAGGACACGAGACGUUCGAUGAUACCUAUCUGACGGAACUCUGCGUGAAACGAAAAUAUAUGGGACAUAGGAAUGCCAGUUUCUUUAGGACUAUGAUCAAGGAAGCGAAUUUCUGGGGCAACAAUUUCGUCAUGUCGGGUAGCGAUUGCGGCCACGUGUUCGUAUGGGAAAGAGACACUGCAAGAUUGUGUAUGCUAUUAGAAGCGGAUCAGCAUGUGGUCAACUGUUUGCAACCGCAUCCAUAUCUUCCAAUGCUGGCCACUUCUGGCAUUGACUACGACGUGAAACUAUGGGCGCCAAUCAACGAUGAACCAAACUUUGACGAAAAGUUUGCGGAAGAUCUGAAAAAGAGAAAUGCAGUUAUGUUGGAAGAGACCAAAGACACAAUUACUGUACCUGCGGUUUUUAUGAUCAGAAUGCUGGCAUGUCUCAAUCAGAUACGCAGAGGUCGAGGUCGCAACAGGAGACGGAGCAGCGACGAGGGCGGCGAAUUACGAGGUGGCUGAGUCAUUUUCGACGAUAUUGCAAGUAGUAACGAUAAUAAAAGCGAAACUCGCGUAUUGAUUGCAAAAAUGCGAUUAUGAUAAUCCUUUAUUUACCGAUCGAAUCAAUAAACAUGGUAGGUUCUGAUCGACAUGAACAAAUCUCGUGAUAUAUACGUAAAGUUCAAUUCAAAUUUUUUCGGUGUAUUUAUAGACACACACAUCUAUAAAAUAUCUAAUGACAUUGCGAACGUCAUUACGCGUAUCCGUACAUACCUUACGUUUAUAAUAAUAUACUAAAACUGGAAAGGACUUAAUUGGUAUUCGAUUCCGUGAAUACCGAAAUUUAUAUUUUACAUAUAUCUUUUUCUUUGCCAUCUUGUAUACAAUCAAUAUUUAUAGUGGAUUUGUAUUCUUUAAUGUAUUGAAAAAAAUAAUAAUUUCGAUCUCUGUAUAUACUUUAAUGUUAUGAUAUACAUUUGUAUAUACAUCUGUACAACAUUUAAUAUCAUCUAUAUGAUUAUUAUGAAGUGCAUGUUAGUAUCUAUCUGAAUAUUUAUCCAAGUAAUAUAUCAUUAUCGUUACGGCUUUGUAUAUUUUGCAAAGAGAUUGUCGAUGAAAUAAGCAAUGCAAAAAUUAGCAUAUUGGUCAAAGGCUUGUAAUAAAAGCGAUAUUUCAUCUUUGUUUAUUUCAUCAUGUUAUUGGGAUCCGAAAAUUGGUGAACAUUACCUGUUAUUAAUAAUGUCAAAUAUUUUUAUUUAUUUAUUUCUACAAACAAAAAUAUUGACUUCUGCAAUCGGAGACUGUUGAAAUUUUAAGCUUUUUCGUUUUUGCAUGCAUAAAAUCUUUAAUUAUCUUUAUUUUAAUUAUUAAAAUCUUACCAAUGUUUCCUCUAUGUCAAGAUUAAAAUGGUAUAAAUAAAAUCGUAAAGUUUUGUAAAGUUACAUUUCAUGCUCGAGAGAACGAGUGCAUAAUAUUGGGUUAUUUAAUAAUCAAGAGAGACGUUUUUUAUUUUCUUCUAUUAUUGCACGGCAGGCACAAAUAUCUUGUAAAUUGCACGGUCAGUUUUUUACAUCCAUUCUGUUAUUGUGCGUUAUUAUUUAUGAUUUACAUUUAUCAUUGAGAUUCGAGAAAUAAUAAUAAUGACAAAUGUGAAGCGUUAGUAAUACAGUUUGAUCCCGUAGAAAAGAAUAAUGCGAUUCUAAUGUUAUUAGGAAAAUUUUUAUCGUAAGGCGAAUUGUAACACGUGCCUUACAGGUUUUUGAGUUAAAGCAAUAAAGUAAGUCGAUAAUUGUAGUAAUCGUGUCUAUUUGAGGUAUAGAUUUAUGAAAAACGAGGGUUUAGAAAUCAACUUUAGAAAUCGGAGUCGAUAAUCGUGUUGCGGCCUUGCCGCUUGUGCAAUUUUAGUCAUUAGACGGUAGUCAUAUCGAUAGAAUGUGACUGACGAUCGUUGAGAUGAUCAAUAUACAUAUAAGAAUGAACGACAAUUAUGUAUUGAUAAGAGCUUGUUUAUAAUAAAAGUGUGAACGAAUGCGCAAUAUAAUAACAAA